GGACCCGUCUAAAAGGCCGCCAUGUUCGUCCUGUGCUCGCUGCUCACUUUGUCCUUCCGGCACCUGCUACGGAGACAGGAGACAGCGGAGGGGCGAGCCGGGCACAAGACCCCGCGGACGGGAAAGCACAAAGCAUUCUCCUCGGCCCCCUGGAGGUCUACUCAGAUGAGCCAACAGAGCGAGACAAGGCCCCGCGAGCCGCAGGGCCCUCAGUGCAUCUAUCUGCCUAACUCUUUGUGCCUCCAGCGGUGGACGUUCGUUGCCAGACCCGGUACUGGAUUGCCCCUGGGGCCAAACGGUUACUGCUGGUGCCCGGGGGCCACUUGUUCUGCUGUCCCACGAGACGAGGUGGCAGGCCUGAGAGUCCGAGUGAGUGACAUUCCAGAGGAUCGGCACCGUAAACAUGCGCAAAUGUCUCAGGAGAGGACCGGCUUACAAGUAUUAAGAGAGGCCCGUGUACAGAGACGGCUGAGGGCAGAGCUGCAAGACGUUAAACAGACACGCAUCAUGUAUGAACAGGACAGCAGACGUAAGAGACAGCCACAGGACAGACUGCUUACUGAAAACAUACAGGAGAGUGGGGCAGGCUCGAGCGCCACCCAAGACAAGAGAGAGCUGCAGGAGAAGCUGGACAUGAAAGAGCGAGAGAAUAAGGAGCUGAGCUGGAAGCUCCAGCAGGGAGGGACGGAUCUGGAGAAACACAGAGACCUCCUGGUGUCAGAGAAUCAGCGUCUGAAGUGCGAGCUGCAGCUUCUCAAGAGCUGUGUGGACAAUGCAGGUGAGAAGGAGCUGAAGGAACGCGUUGGCCACUUGGAGCAGGUGAAGAGGGAGCAGGAACUACUUAUUGCUGCGCUGCAGAGGGAGGUCCAGCAGAAAGCCGAUCGACUAGCUGAGGCCGAGCUGCGGCUCCGGGACUCUGUGCGGGAGAAAGUGGAACAAGAAGAGAGGCUAAACCGCAGAUUACGAGAAUGUCAGCAACCCCAAAUAAAGUCUAUAACGCAGAAGGUGGAGGUGGAGUGCGGGAAGAUGAAGGCUGCGCUCAGUCAGGCACAGAGCCGCAGCAUGUAUCUGCAGGAACAAGUAGACAUGCAGAAAGGCAUGCUGCAGGAAAUGCAACUGAAGCUGCAACAGGAACAUCGGGAGAAAGAAAAGUUCAGAGCACAGGUAGAAGUGUAUGCCAUGGAGCUGGAGCGGACGCAGAUUCAGAUGAUGCAGGAGUUUCAGUCUCUCCAGCAGGAGAAGGAGCAGGCAGUGGCUGAGGCUUUUCAGCAUGCGCAGACAGAGAUGAGAGUGGUGCACCACAGCCUGGACGGUGUACGUAAGAACCUUCUGACUCUGCAGCCCGCGCUGCGCACGCUGACCCAGGAUUACAAUGCUUUAAAGAGACAGGUUCGCGAUUUUCCCAGCCUGCUGCAGGACACCCUGUGUGAAGCGCGUCAGGAGUUCUCAGUGGCACUUCAAAGCUUUCGCCAAACAAACGAUGAACUUUUACGCAAAUACCGCAGGGAACUGCAGCUGCGCAAGGAGUGUCACAACCAGCUGGUGCGGCUCCGAGGGAACAUCCGGGUUCUUGCACGGGUUCGACCAGUCACAGCCGAGGAUGGACCGGGGUCACAAAACGUCGUGUCGUUUGACCAAGACGAUGAUGGCAUUCUGUGCGUUGCUCAUAAGGGGAAAAAUCUGUCUUUUGAACUUGACAAAGUCUUUGCCCCGCGCACAACACAGGAGGAGGUAUUCUUGGAGGUGUCCCCUCUCAUCACGUCCUGCCUGGAUGGUUACAGCGUCUGUAUUCUGGCUUACGGACAGACCGGCUCCGGGAAGACGUACAGCAUGGAGGGGCCGUCUUCAGAUCCAGGAAUUAACCAGCGUGCCCUGCGCCUCCUUCUGUCUGAGGUGAAAGAGCGAACCAGCUGCUGGGACCACCACCUGACUGUCAGCAUGGCGGAGAUCUACAACGAGUCCCUCCGGGAUCUGCUGGGUGCUGACACUCACCCUCCUCUGGAUAUUAAGAUGUCCCCCGGGGGUGCCGGAGAGCUGUACGUUCCUGGUUUGACACAGAAGAAAGUCGAGAGUAUACACGAUAUAAACAAGAUCUUGGAGUUAGGAUAUAAACAGCGAGCGACCGAACAGACGAGCCUCAACAGCCACAGCUCGCGCUCUCACGCUCUGCUCAUCCUGACAGCCAAAGGGAGGGAGACCAGCACGGGCAUCUGUACCACGGGCAAGCUGUACCUGGUGGACCUGGCCGGAUCAGAGCGGGUGUCCCGUUCUGGAGCUGCUGGUGAGCGCUUGCGCGAGGCUCAGUGCAUUAACCGUUCCCUGUCUGCUUUGGGGGAUGUUUUUUCUGCUCUUCGUUCAAACCAGGGGUAUAUUCCCUACCGCAACUCCAAGCUCACCUACCUGCUGCAAGAGCCUCUGAGCCGCGAUGGGAAGGCCUUGCUGCUUCUACAGGUGUCACCUACGGAGAAGGACGUCAGCGAGUCGCUUUGCUCCCUCAGAUUUGGAGACCGGUUGCGGACCGUGGAGCUGGGGGCACCGACUCGGAGAGUCGAGAACAGCCUGGGCAGCACGGAGCUGUCCGAGGGUGAAGCCGCAACGUUCCGCGGAGCCAGAAACACCUCUUUGCGGAAGAAAACAGUCAGUUCAGUUCGCUUUCGGACGGGGCCCACCUGACUGCAGCCGUGUACAUACCUGAUUCUGUGAAUACGUGAAACCAGUGCCGGACUGGGAAUUACAACCAGCCCUGGAAAUAAUUCCUUAGCAGCCACAUCCUUCAUAGUACCAUUUGUGGGGACACUGCACAUGGCGGGUUCUGGCCCCAAUAUUUUGUGUUCAGAAUUGGGGCAAACCCUGUAUUUUAAAAUUAUGUUGGGGAAAAAACACAUUAGUUUUAAUACCAUUCACUGGAAACACAUAGUUUCUGAUGUAACUGUCCUGUGACAUCAUGUAAUGGGUGGCGACCAACUGCCAGAGCACCUGUAUACUUUGUAUUAAAAAAUGCAUUUUAAAUAAAAUGUUUAUUUAAUAGAAAGAAA